UUGACGGACCAAACACUGAUCCGAUCGAAUUUUCUCGAGAAAAGCAAAACACAAAGCAGUCUCUACCCCUUCUUCCUCCGGCCUGGAAGCACAAUUUUCACUCAGACAAUUGAUUGAAUCGGGCAUGGCAGACCCAGCACCGCGGCUUAACCUCUUCACGGUGCUCUCGGAAUCAAAGCGCAUCCUGAACGCCCACUCGCGCUACUUCCUGGCGCUCUCGGUGCUCUUCCUGCUGCCUCUCUCCUUCUCCCUCGUCGUCUACCCAACCCUCCUCCACCUCCUCACUGAUCCUUUCCCCAACAACUCCCAAGUCCUCCUUCGUACCCACCCUUUUGAUUACCACCACCACCAUCAUCAUCAAGAAGAACCCAUCUUCUCCAACAACCACCUCCUUUCUCUCCUCUACUCCCUCUUCGUCUUCGCCUUCUCUCUACUCGCCGUCGGCUCCAUCACCUUCAGCGUCUUACACGGCUUCUAUGGCCGACCCGUCAAGCUAAUCUCCGCCAUCAAAUCCGUGUUCACUUCCUUCUUUCCCCUAUUGUUAACGGUUAUCAUUUUCCAGGUCAUUGUUUGUCUGAUUUCUAUUGCUUUUGGGCUUCUCUUGUUAUCGGUCAUGAGAGGCAUGGAGCUUUUGGGGCUUGAGGUUGAGUAUUCUUCCCCUUAUUUUCUAACGUUUAGUGGGGUUGUGUUGCUUGCUUUGAUUAUGGUGUUGGUGUAUCUGCAAGUGAAUUGGACCCUGGUGUCUGUGAUUGUGGUGGUGGAAUCCAAGUGGGGGUUCGAGCCUUUGAGGCGGAGUGCGAGCUUGGUGAAGGGGAUGAGAGGUGUUGCGCUUUCUUUGCUGUUGUUUUUCGGGGGUUUAGCAGGGAUUGUGGUGUGGACCGGCGCGGUUUCGGCCGUGGGAUCGGAUGGUGCAGGUGAUGGGUGGAAGAGUUGGGCGUUUGUUGUGCAAAUUGUGGUGACUUCCACUUCGCUUAUGCUGCUGCUGCUUUACUAUGCCGCGGCGAACACUGUGUUGUAUAUGUAUUGCAAGGCUUUCCAUGGGGAGCUGGCUGCAGAGAUUGCUGAGGAGUUUGCAAGGGAGUACGUUAGCUUGCCCUUUGAUGAUGGGAAGAUUCCUCAUGUUGUUUCAGUUGUUGUAAGUUGAUUUAGAAUGAGGUUAGUACCUUUUUAAUGGACGCCUCAAAUCUUCUUUUUCUGUUUUUGUUUUUAGUUGGGUGUCUUGCCUUGCUAAAGUUGUUUCUAGUUUGUAUUUUGUGAAACUUUCGUGUAUAAAAUCAAAGACAUGUGAAUAAAUAUGACACUUGUUUCAAUUUUGUUA